UUAAAAGGAUGUAAUGCUCAGAUAUAUAAUUUACAGCAAUGUAAGCUGGGCUUUAUUGUAUAUGUAUGUAUACAUACAUAUUAUUUACUUUUAUGUGGUUACGAUGAACUAUAAUAUAAAACCAAGAGUAAAAUCUCACACCAUAUAUGUAUAUAGAUUGUAUAUAUUAUGUAUAUUGAAUUUUAAUAAAUAUUCUGUCCGUACGUAAAGUUUUGCUAUAUAUAGGGCAUGAUCACUUCAAUUUUAAAGUACUCUUGUCCUUCCUCUCUUUGUUCACAUUUUUCUUCUUCUUAUUAGAAGCAUGGAGAUAAUAGUGCCUGCUAUUUCCUCAAGGAAGAAACUGCAAAACAUAUUUCUUUUAUUGAUUAUACUCUCAUCACAGAUUUUCUCUUCACUAAAUAUAGCUAAAGCUGAGCUAAAAUCUUCACAAUCCCAUUUCGCCAAAAUUUCUAGAAAACCUAUUCCAUCAAACUUCUGCAAAAACACCCCGUUUCCAUCAGACUGUGAAGCAAUUUAUCUUACCGGGUUUUCCACCUCUUUCCCUUCGUCCAAACAGGACUUAUUCGAUCAUUCCGUGCAAUACACAAUCGGAAAGGCCCACUGGACCCGAACCCUGGCCCAUGAUCUUAGCUUCACUUCCUCAAAGAGGCUUGGGGCCCACUCAGAAACCGCGGCUAUCAUUGACUGUCUCGAGCUCCUGGACGAUACCGUGGACCUUCUCUCAAACAUCGUCGUGUCCCGAAACGAAGUUCCCAAAACUUAUCGAGACGACGACGUUCACACGUGGCUAAGCGCCGCACUAACCAAUCAAGAGACGUGUCUUGAAAGCCUCGAAACGCACCGUUUAGAAUCCGAGAAAGCAACCAUGGCAACCUCAGCUCGUAAUCUGAGCCAGCUCAUCACCAAUUCCCUCUCUCUCUACCUUUCCUCAACCAAGUCUAAAUCUGGCGCUGGCGCCGGCGCCAGAAAAUUAUUAUCGGUAGGCGAGUUCCCCGCUUGGGUUACUGCCGGCGACCGGCAGCUUUUGGAGGCUCCGGUGGAGGAGAUUAAAGCGCACGCGGUGGUAGCGAAGGAUGGGAGUGGGAGCCAUGGGACGAUCGGGGCGGCGAUUGACGAGUUAUCGGCUUCGAUGGCUGAGGGGGGCAGAACGGUAAUUCAAAUUAAGGCGGGUACGUAUCAGGAGUAUAUUAAGAUCCCCACUAAGCAGAAGAAUGUUCUGUUAGUUGGAGAAGGAAAGGGUAAAACCGUAAUUGUCGGUAAUAAGAACUCCGAUGAUGGGUCCACAACUUACAACUCUGCCACAGUCGGUGCAAUGGGAGAUGGAUUUAUAGCAAGAGACAUAACAUUUGUGAAUAGUGCUGGACCAGGAAAACACCAGGCCGUGGCCCUACGCGUGGGUUCAGACAGGUCAGUGGUGUUUCGAUGCUCUGUUGUGGGCUAUCAAGAUACUCUAUACACCCACUCCAAACGACAAUUCUACAGAGACACAGAUAUCUACGGCACUGUUGAUUUCAUCUUUGGAAAUUCUGCUGUCGUUUUCCAAAGCUGCAACAUUUCCCCAAGAAAGCCUUCUUCUAGUGGGCUUAGAAACUUUAUCACAGCCCAAGGUCGGUCCAGCCCAGAUCAGAACACUGGCAUUUCCAUCCACAAUUGUAGGAUAUCAGCUGCCUCUGACCUGGCUCCUGUCAAGUCCAGCUACCAAACAUUUUUGGGACGUCCAUGGAAGCAGUACUCUCGAACUGUUAUUAUGCAGUCGUUUUUGGAUGAUUCAAUAAACCCAUCGGGCUGGUCACCUUGGUCAGGUGGAUUUGGGCUCAAGACUCUCUUCUAUGCUGAGUACAUGAAUACAGGCCCAGGGGCCUCAACUGGACGAAGGGUUAGUUGGGCCCAUGCCUCACUCACGGCCCCUGAAGCUAAUUCCUUUACGGUUGCUGGUUUCAUCGCUGGAAAUGCUUGGUUGCCUUCUACAGGAGUAUCUUUUGAUUCUGGCUUGGUUGGAUAAAUAGAAGUAUUAUUAUGAUCUACAAUCGAUCGAUCCCACUGGAAUUUCGUCACAACCACUAAUGUUUAUACAUGUACGUGUUUGUUUUUCGGUUUGAUUUUCAGCAAAAUGCCAAAUGUAUAAAUUGAAAGCUUCGUUACUAUUUCGAAAAUAAGUAUUUGCUUCCAAGUGAAGCACCAACACUUUGAUGUUUUGUGUAAAGAAUGUUGUUGACGGUUACAAUAUCAUAAAUAAAUGUAAUUACAAUGUAAAUUACUCAA